AUGGACCCCAACGAAGUCAAGAUCAUCUACCUCCGUGCAACAGGUGGUGAAGUCGGUGCUACGGCUGCACUUGCUCCAAAGGUUGGACCUCUUGGUUUGGCUCCAAAGAAGGUCGGAGAAGAUAUUGCAAAGGCUACAGGCGACUGGAAGGGUCUCCGAGUGACCGUCCAGCUUACCAUCCAAAACCGACAAGCACAAGUGGCUGUCGUCCCCUCUGCAUCUUCACUCAUCAUCCGUGCACUCAAAGAACCCCCACGUGACCGCAAAAAGGAGAAGAACAUCAAGCACAACGGAAACAUUACCCUCGAUGAAAUCUUCAACAUUGCCCGGAUAAUGCGAUCGCGUUCGCUCGCCAAAAACCUCGCUGGUGUGGUCAAGGAGAUGCUCGGCACCGCACAGUCGAUUGGCUGCACGAUCGACGGACAACCACCACACGAUAUUAUUGAUGGCAUCAACUCGGGGGAUAUCGAGGUCCCUGACGAGUAG